UUUGGGUGGAGGGAUACAGAGGUGUGCUGCGGUAUGAUUUUGUUGGGAGGGUCAGCCGGUCAGUCUGUGACUCAGUGCGUCAUAUUAGCCAUUACGCUCCUCCCCUCUAAUUAUUCAUCCAAGAAUGGCUGAGGCAGCUCCAGGAAAGGAAGAGGAGUUCAGGUCAACCAAUCAGACAGCUUUUGUGGUGGGACAUACGGGUGGAACUGGCUCAGCAUUGGUUGAAGAACUAGUGAACCGGAACAUCUUCCAGAGGGUGGUCCUGAUUGGUCGAAGGAAACUUGACAAGUAUGAAGGGGAGACGUACAACAUGUUGGAUCAAAAGAUUGUGGACUUUGAGCAGUUAGAGGAUUCUGCAGAUGAGUUCAAAGGUCACAGCGUGGGCUUUGCCUGUCUGGGCACCACUAGAGCUAAAGUGGGAAAAGAGGGGUUCAAAAGAGUGGACCAUGACUACAUGAUGAAGGUAGCAGAACUAGCUAAAGCUGGAGGCUGCAGACAUUUCUCGAUUGUAUCUUCUACAGGAGCAGACAAGAACUCGUCACUGCUGUACAACAGAGUGAAGGGUGAGGUUGAAGCAGAAUGCGCAGACCUGGGCUUCCAGAGGCUGUCUAUUUUCAGGCCAGGACUACUCCUUGCGGAACGUGAGGAAAGGCGGGUAUCAGAGGGGUUCUUCCGUAAGCUGCUGGCUCCCAUCAUUUACUUCAAACCCACGCUCCUAUCUGUUCCUGUGGAAACAGUUGCCAAGGCGAUGGUCAACACAGUUCUGGAGCCCUGUCAGGAACCAGUGGAGAUUAUUGACAAUAAAAGCAUACAUCGACUGGCGCAAGGAAAGAAUUCUGGAAAAUAAACUUUAUUUUAAAAUUUGUGGUGUUGAUUUUUCAAUAAUUAUAAAGCUGUUUUUAAUAACCUUUUAUUGUAAAGUAUGAGUAAGGAUUACUCCAUGUACUAUACCAUGUAUUGUAUCUAUUUUGUUGUUGUCUCCAGUUGCAAUCAACCUGUCAAUGAUGACAUACAAACACUUCCGCAUGUGUACAGCGACCUCUAGUAAAGCAUAAUAGAACUGCAGUCGUCUAACAUUACAUGCUGAGUCACCACCAACAUGCAGCCGUCAACAUUCAAUCAAUGGGCAGUCAAAUCAAGCAUUCUACAUAUACUGUAUCAAAGUGAAAAAAAAAUCCAGCUGACAUGUUACAAAGAAGAAAACUGG